CAAUUAUCAGGUACCUGGCAUAGCUGUAAAUAAAAUAUACGUGGCGAACUUACCCAGAGGUACACAAUAACCAUGAACACAUUCCCUGUGUAUAUAGCUACAAUAUGGAUUUGACGGAAAGCCCUAUGAUAAGUGAGAAAUUCGGUUUGGUUGAGGCCGCUAAGCCAAAUAUUUCAAGCUGUAUAGAGGGGUAGGAAGUGAUGUUUAUGAAAUGUUUAGCGCUAGAAUUAUCAAUUGACUACGUACUGCUAGGAUUUCUAAACAUGUUCUUGAAAUUUAUUUAUUCAACAGAAGAAUGCCUUCUAUUUAUCACGAGAAUUGUGGAAAACCAGGACCAAAGAGUAAUGCUUAUAUUCCGCCACCCGAGGAAAGAGUUUUUAAGUCUCGCAGCGCCCCCAACUCUCCAUCAUUGGGUGAACGCAAAUACCUGUUUGCUCGCGCAUCGCCACGGCUAACAAGGGCGCUCAUCCAGGUUUCUGAUAAAAUGACAGCAGCAAAGAACCCAAAGUCCGGCAAAGUUGGAAGAAGCAAGUCCUUUCACGGCAAAGGUACGUGUGUACAUGAAUUGUGCCGGUGUUACAAUACUUUGUCACCCUUCCUUUUGUAUUGUAUUGCGUAGACUAGACUGGAGCGCAAGUAUAGAGAAGCGAGGGGGAAGUUGAUAUUUCAGAACUUGUCGCCAAAUGUGCAACCAUCGUGCUUAAAUUUUUACUUAAAGACGAUGGGUAACAAGCAAAAACAGAUUUCUAAUUAACCUCCAAGAUUUAUCUUGUCAACAAAACUAAAAGUUAAGCUUUGAGUCAUUUCUACACUGGCUUUUGUUUAUCGCCUCGCGGUACAUUCAUUAUUUUCCAUUUAAUUAAUUAUUAAAUUAAUGGCGGAUUUAAGAAAAAAUUUCAUGAUAGGAGGGCAUUUGAUGGUUAACUAUUUAUGUCAAAAUGUGCCGUGUGCUGUAUACUUUCAAUAAAGUGAACAAACGUCAUUGGAAAGACUAAUAUUGCUUGUUUUGUUCAGCUCCUUUACAAAAAUAACAGACUCCUUGCUGGCUUUUUUCCAAUCAAAAUAUUUCACUGCACGUAGGUGAAGGUUACCGCUAUCCUAAGAUACAAAAAACUUGUCUACAUCUUUCUUGUAUUUCUUGAUUACGGGCUAUGAAAAGAACCCGCGCGGGGAUGAAGCACGGAGCCUGUGAACAGGCUCUCUGUUUGGAGAAAGGGUGAAAAAAUCGCGGAAAGAGGGAAGGGAAAGGGUGUCAAUAGUCAGUGUUCUCGCCAAUAGGAGCUUGCAUCAGGAUCUGUUUCACAGCGGGUGCCGUGGAACGACGGUCCCAAAUGUUUGUCUACGGGCUCUCCCCUUUCCUUUUCCUCUCCUCGCGAGUUUUUCACCCUUUCCCCAAACAAAGAGCCAUUUCACAGGCUAUGGAGCUCGUAACAUGCGAGUAAAACGAGUGUGGAUUACAGGACACUCAAAGUGUCGAAGUCCUCUUCUGUUUUCAUCUUUCGAUGAUAUUUCUUUGAAAAAGUAGGGUCAGUUUGCUGUAACUCCCAUUUCCUUUUGACGUUCUGUCACCUGAGUAAAAGCCUGAAAUUUCGAACAAACUAUUAGCCUCUCGUUGGUGUUUUGACCAAAAAAAUAAUUCCUACUGUAAGGCGAUGAUCCCACUUUAGAUCAUCUCACAAUACAUGGCAAUAGGGCAUUUGUCUGUGGAAUAUUUGUCUACAAUAUUCAAGAUUCAACGGCAUCACAAGUAUCAUCACCCUCCCCUCCCUUCCAUAACAAUGGUUUAUCUGACUGUUUUAGCGUGACGUCACCAGCGGUGUGCACCUUGCCUGUGUACGGUACCGCUUGUAGCGUGUGUUGAGCAACACUUUGCUUGUGUCUUGUUAAUCAGCAAAAACACUAUGACCGAAUGUCACAAGUGUAGGAAACUAGUGUAUUUUGGUGAGUUUAGUUAUUUAACAACCCCACUUAUAGCUGGCUUCCCCAAAAUAUUUCGUUUUGCUAGUAAACAUGAGCACCAAGCCCAAUCGACCGUCGCGCAUCGAUCGAGUUGAACGUCGUUCAAACUGCGUUCUCUUAAAAUAACGGUAGCUGAAUUGUAUCCCAAAUAAAGUUCUUCCUUAUUUUUUUUUGUGGCGUUUUGCAGCUGAGCAAAGGAACUCGCUUGGUAAAGUUUGGCACCCCGGUUGUUUGCGAUGUGAAGAAUGUGGCAAAAGAUUAAACCCAGGUCAACAUUCUGAGGUAAGGCGGGAUGGGGACUCAAUAAUAUAGCAGAGUCUUAAAUACAAGACUCCUCCUCUAAAUAAUUAAGUUUAAUUGCAGCGGUUUUGUUUAAAAUAGAGGAAAAGAAACCAGAUUUAUCAGCAGUUGGUCGACAGAUUUAGGGCACACUCGAGCUUUUAUUGCUCAAGACUGUCCACGAAAAUUGAAUCACCGGCUCCAGCUGGAUAUUUGUUAUAUUGGACAAAUAUUUAGCUUGAAAAGUCAUUUUUGAGUUAACAGUUUUUGUCUCGGUGGACUUGUACAUGUAUCAUGUAGGGUUUGUUAAUAAAGUCGAAAUGUUAAAUUGCAACGGGGUGUUUUUAAAUUUUUCAUUUUCAAAGGGUUCGAGAAAGAUGUCAUGCAUUUCAGUUUGUUGCUGACAGGUUGUCUGCUUUGUAUAAAGCUUUUGGAUAAUUGUAAGCAGAAUCGUACUUUCGAUAUAAAACCAUUAACAAAGGCUUAGAUUUUUUCAAGUUCACAAUUUCCCUUAACGACUGUUGUUCGAUAGUAAUGCGAUUUUUAGAAUAUUGAAUAUUGAAUUACAGAUUCUUUUUCUUAUCCUCUGUGGUGGAUAUGAUUUGCAUAGCUGACAUAUAGUCUGUCAUCUAAGCUGUUUUGCCGGAUAAUAAUUAAGCAUAUGUCACGUUAUGUAGCAAGAGAAAAACAUCGCACUGUUAUAAAAUGCACCUUUGUUUGUCAGAAGACUCGUAGCGGUGAAGUCAUUUAUGGAAGUAGAUCUGUGAAGUAUGAAAUGUUUUUGAAUACUUUAAGGGACCCUCUUGCAUAAGAGACCCUCUUCCAUAAAUAUUGAUAAGCAGUAUGUUCAGCUUGAAAAUGUAACACUACCUUAAAGCUUUUUUAUUUUUCAGUUUAUUGCAAAUUCUUGAAUAUAAGCAACCUUCUUCAAUAAGCGCUGCCUUUGAAUUAGCUCCCCUCUUUAGGCUAAAAAUUAAUUUUUUAGAAAGCAACCCCUUCAAAUGAGCAUCUACUCGUAAUAUCCCUCUUUACUCAAUAUAUGGUAUACAAUACAUUUAUCACCAUAUAUAGUGUAACAUGUUCAAUCACUAGAAAAUGACUCAUGUAAGAACACUACAUGUUAGAAGUUUAAGACCUGGCUUCUCUGACGGAAUGUUCAAAGCCAAGGAUAUGCACCAUGCGAGUGCAAAUUUGGAUAUAUACUGAAAGAUAUAGUGAUCCAUCUAGAAAAUAGCUAAAAUGGGUCAUGACAGUCACACAGCUAUAAAACAAUUAGUCCGGGGCCCAAAACUAUGAGUCCCAGAACCACAUACAAGAGUCUUGUACCCUUGUGCAGGGCUGUCAUUAAGAGGCGGGGGCUGGGGAUUUCCCCCGGCUACUAUGAACGUGGCCCCCGGCUACUUUGAUAGGAAAAUAGAAGAAAAAUAGAACCAAACAAAAUGACUAGCUGUUUGAUUCCCUGCCUACUUGUUGUAUUUACCCGGCAACUUGAAAUCUUAGUGACAACCCUGCUUGUGCAUAAUAAAUAAGAUGUAUACAAUAUUUAGAGAAUUGUCAUUAUUAUUUUUGUAAGCAAAACUUCAUAUGAAAUGUGCCAUUUGGUGUUCUUGAAAACCAGCAUGGUGAAGGAACAAACAAUUUUGAAAUUUUCUGCACUGGGCCCCCUUUCUCAUUACUUUAGACUUCUUAGCUUGUGAAUGAUAUUAAUGUUACAAUACAUGUAAUUUGCAUUUUUCUCAUACAUACGAUGCACCCCAUUCAUAAUGCACAGAGAAGAAGUUUUUGCUUUCAAAUGGAUGCAUAUAUGUACGAGGCAUGAUUUCUGAGUAUUUUAAGAAAUAUGCAUGCAUGUAUGCAUCUGAGGCAUGGGAUGUGCAGAUAGAGGGAUCGCUGAAGAUGCUUUUUUGUUUUUUUGUUCAAUGUUUGAGAUUUUGUUCAUUUGAGACACAGAAUUAUUUCAUCAUAUAGCCAAAAAUAUGAGGCGUCCCCUUCGACUAACUGUCUCCGUUUGAAUUAAGUGCCCCCCCCCUCUACACCACGUGCAUGUUAAACUAAAGGAUAAGCGUAAGUAGUCUUAAUUCUAGUCAGUUACCAUAAUUUUUUAUGUGUUUUCAAUUUGAUAUUAAAAAGAAAAUUGUAUUGUGUAUAAAUGUGCAUUUAUUCUCUUAUUUAUAUCAUAUUUCAAGGCUGUCAUUAAGAGGCAGGGGCCGGAGAUUUCCCCCGGCUACUUUCAUAGGAAAAUAGAGAGAAAAUAGAACCAAAACAAAUCCCCAGCUGUUUGAUUCCCUGCCUACUUGAUCUAUUUACCCGGCAACUUGAAAUCUUAGUGACAGUCCUGAUAAUAGAUUUUUACUUUUGGCAAAAUUAAAAAUAUUUUGUCAAAAAAGAUGACACAAAUUUAUUCAUAUUUAUGUAGCAUUUCAGGAGCCUUCAUUAUAAUUUAUUAAUUAUUUAGUAGAAUUUUUCCUGUUUCAGGAUCAUAAUGGUUUCAUGCACAGUACAAACUGCUCUGGCCAACAAUAACAUUUUUUUGUGCUUAUUUUGUUAUUAAGUAUUUCAAAGUCCAAAAUCUUAUUUUGAUGUCCUAUCCAAAAGUCCAGUUCCCAUUUUUGCAGCUUCUAAUGAUGAUGUAAUGCUUUAUGAAUGCAUAUAUUGUUUUCAUUCAAAAUGGAAGCAGACACAUUUAUGAUCAUUCAACAACGAGUGCCACAUCUUCUGUCCAACUGGGUGGUAAAGGAAACCUUUUUUAUUACUUAUUCUUUUCACAGAGAAAAGAAGUUUGGUUUAAUGGAAUAAGAAAUAAGUCAAACUUUUACAUUAUCAAUAUUGGGGUUAGAACAGUUAAUUACAACAUACAUCAUUCGCAUUAUUACUGAUGUUAGAUGAAAGUAAAGGUCAUCUUGAAUGACUUGUUCUAACUGAAUACUUCAAUAAUGGUACAACAUACAGGUAGCAAGAAUUUAUAACACAAGCUAACACUAUAAGCAAUAGCAACUUUAUCCUAUGCCUGAUAAAGGGGAAGCUUGUGUCUGAAAAAUACUGCAACUGGCAUCUUUCCAAUUUUACCAAAGAUUACAUGUUUCUUAAUGUGGUUCAGAAAAUGUCUCUUAUCAUGAAUGUGUUUUGAGAAAUGACCAUUUGAUACGUUUUACUGUUGAAAUGGUUUUUACAAAUUUGUUUAAUAUUUUGAACAAGCUAAUUGCCAGGCUAUCUAUUCCCAGUAGCUUUUUCAUACAAUGUAGUUUAGAAUAUAAAUAUUUCACAAUAAUAUUACCUUAUUAUUAUCAUUAUUGUAUCAGGUUAAAUAUCCUAAACACAUAAUGUAGCAGCCUUUUUGUAAACUGCAUAUGUUGAAUUCAUCAAUUGCAUCUUUGUUUAUUUUGUUUUAAGCUUCCAAACGUGUUUAAUGCUUAUUUUCCUUUGUCUCAAAUAUCUGAUCCAGAUCAUUGUUAACAUUAAGUGAAAUUUUAAGAUGAGCGAAGAUGCAUGAAGAAAUUGAAAAUUUAGUUGUAUUUAUUUCUUUUAUACUAGUAUUGUCUCAAUGAAAAUGAGUUGUUUCAGCUGUAGCCACUGUUCAUUGUUCAUUUCUUCACUGGAUAUGUGUGUCCUAAAAUGCACCUGGGCCAUGCUUAGAUUGGUGCAGUGAGUGAUAAGAUCUUUGUUUACAAAAAUGAAAGCAUUUACAAUAAUUAAAAUUGUUUUUUUUUAUUUCCACAAAAUUGCCAAGCUUAGUAGUGUAUUUUCUGGACUAUGUGUUGUGUCCACUUGUACAGUAUAAUUUAACCAAAUUUAGCUCUGUGCCUCAAAAAUUUAAGAAAUUUAGGCAGAUGAUUGUAUAGGAGUGAAAGUUAGAUCAACUUCCUUUUAAAUAAAACGUUUCAGGAGUUACAUGUCAAGUGAUAGGGUAAAAUAUCAUUCAGUCCAGUUUAUAUGUUGUAGGUCAAACUGAAAUUCAAGUAAAAGUGGUUUCAACUUACGAUGAAUAUCAGUUUCCUUCAUCUACUAGCCCUAGUUAUUCAUACAGGUAAAUUAUUUGGGCAAAGGAAAUUUUAACCUGAACUUCAUUUUGAGCUACAACAGAGACAUUGCAGUAUAUUGGAGUAUAAGUUUUCAGAUUGUGCUGAUGUUGUUAGCAAACAACAUGAACAGAGCCAAGUUACGAGUGUACCCUAAGAGGAGUUCUACAAAAUAAUAUUCAUAGGUUAGACGUUUAGGGCAUUUGGGUUCUAAGCUCCAAAGAGCUCUAAACCAGCAUUGCUUAUAGAUUUUGUCCAAGAGCUUAUAUUUUCUAGUUGCUUAGAGGCAAAUGUAAAUCUCCAUGGGCUACCUGCUGCAGGACUCAGUCAGCAGUCAGGCAGUAUGGUGGAUGCUGUCUGACCCUAAUAAUUUUAAAUUAAUCACUUAAGUAUGGCUGCCUUUUUCUUUAGCCUCUAUAGUUAUUUGGGGCAGCCUCUCCUCCUCUUUAUUUUUGUUAAUAUAUUUUCUUUAAUCAGUAUUGUAAUACUGUUGGGUACAAAAUGAAAUUAAGUUGUUGUUGUUGUUGCUAGAGUGCAGUUCAUGUCAUAUAUUUUUUUAAAAUAAGUGUUUGGUUUUAUUUUACAGCACAGAGGCAUUCCCUAUUGCAACAUUCCAUGCUAUAGUUUGCUGUUUGGUCCAGGAGGUUAUGGUAGAGGAGGAACAGAAUCUUAUCAGUACUUUGCUGAUGAGAAACUUACUCCAGCAGAGCUAGAUGCCGUGAGGUAUGUGUUAUUUCCUUCUUACCAUUGUGGUACGGUGAAACCUGUAUUAAGCGGACACCCUCGGGGAAUGCUGUAGUGUCCGCUUAAUACAGGGUGUCCGCCUAAUACAGGUUUCAAAAGAUAACGUCAUAUGAGGUGUCAAAUACCAUUCAAAUGAACACUGGAAAUGUUUAAAAUACCCCCAGAGACCGUGACGAUAUACGUUUGCUUUAAUUUCUUUAAUUAUGAAAGUGGACCAGUUGAUCAUAGUACCAUAAACAUAGAUUGCAACUAAAAUUUGAAGAAAUGAGGUGAGUGAAACAAGCUGCAUACAAACAAAUCGAAAUAGAAAUCAAUACCGUAUUAUGAAACUAAUCAAAUAAGUUCGUCACGUCACUUUUUUUAUUGUAAAAAUUGAAAAAUUUGUAGGUGGUAAUCUUUCGCAUUUCCGGUGUCUGGCAUGUUGGUUGGUGGAAUUUAAUUACAAGUGUCCGUUUAAUGCAGGUUGGAAACAACAGAAAUGACCAUUUCAGGUACUUUUUAGGUGUCCGUGUCGCUGAAUAAAGAGGUGUCCACUUAAUAAAGGUUUCAUUUAAAGUAAAUAAGGGAAGUAAGUUUGGGGACUUUGGCUACUGUCUGCUUAAUAGAGGGUGUCCGCUUAAUACGGUGUUCGCUUGAUACAGGUUUCACUCUACUUUAAUCUUAAUCAUAUUAUAUCUGUUGGAAAUACAGUCCAAUCUUUGCUGUCUAUAACUGCCCUUGUCAAACCACAUCCCUUGUACCACUUGAUGUCAUCAACUUUUAUGAUCAUUUAUAGACAACCCCUUCACCUUACUUGUGUGCAAAAGAAAAACAUCUUUCAUAAUGAAAAAAAAAAACAAAAAAAAACAAGGAAUAAUGUAACUUUCAGUGAAAAAGUAUCAAUACCUGCCUGUAUUUCCUUUAAAUACCUUAUUCUCACUUUAUUUUGCAAGUAUGAAAUUUUGGGAAAUCUAAAAAUCCCUGCAAAUUCUCUAAAAAUCCCUAAAAGUCGCCAAAUUAAAUACUCGAAAAUACUUGAUUUUUUGCGAAAAUAAUACUAGCAAAAUUAAGUGAGAAUAAGGUAGUGCCAUGAUACCUGGGCCUUAACCGAAACUGUUCUUGCUAAAAUGAAGCCUAGUACAUGCAAAGAAAGAACAUUUAAUAUUUUGCCAAUUUAGCAGGGUUAGGUAGGGUUUCCAUUUGUCUUUUCAUUUUGCUAUUGCCAGUUUUUUCUGAGUUGUAGUGUUUCACAAUGUUCAGGCCUUUUCGUUCAAACGUAGGAUAGCACUAUCUAAUGGAUAAAUCACUUUCCUGCUGAUACACAUAAGAAAUAGAAAAGCCAAUUGCAUUUUCCACCGGACAGAGAUUUAUCCAGUGGACACUGAGUGGAUAGCGUUAUCCACAAUCCGAACAUCUGGGCCCAGGGAUGUUCUAUGGUUUUAGUACAUUUUGUGUUAUUAAUGAUCGUUUUACCUUUUUAUGCAUGGCAUGUCUCAGUUUCAAGGAUUCAUUAAUCAGAAUAGUCAUAGUGGUGAAUAACUAUAUGUUAUUACUGUAUUUUGUCUUUGCAGGAAUGAAAUCAUUCCCAGGUUAAAGGAAUAUAACAUAUUUUUCGAGGGAAGAAAAGCUCUGCAGUUAACAAGUAAAGAGGUGUGUUGUGCCUGGUGCCAGUGUAGCUGAUAAUAAAAUUAUUACUUAGUAAUAAUUUUCUUGGAGGGCAUUUAUAGCUUAAAUGUAUUUUCAGUGUAUCAUAGUAACAUUAAUUUCUUACGGAGACUUACAAAACGGUAAUGUUUGACAGGUUGGAGGUAGAAUUCUUCUUGAGGGAGUCCUUAAGGUUUAUUGGGGACUUAAGGCACCUGUCACUCUUGCUAGUCAUAACUUGGCAUACUGGAGAAGACGUUCACAGAAGGAGCAGAAUGGAUUGAUGAGAAAUACUGCAGGAAAGAACAAGGAUUCUGUCGUAAGUGAACUUUUUGACUAGGGUAAUAACAGGUGCUUCAGCUUUUUUGUCGUGCAUUGUUACUUGUACUAGUUAGUGAAACUGAGUCAAAAAAAUAUUGGAAUGCAUAAUUUCCCUGGCUGCAGAAUGAUUCAUCCAUAAAAUACGCAGGUGUUUCAAUUAGAUUUGAAGUUUGUUUAGAGCAACCAGUGGGCCUUUUUCACUAAGACAUAAUGUAUGAAAAUGAAAAUUAUAUGAUUUUGCCACUGGAAAACGAUUAGUGGGUCACAUCUUAAACAAAAUGAUAGUGAUUUGGUUUUUCAAACCCGCACCAUUUUCUUAAAAUGAGUAAGUUCGUAGCUGGUCACGUGACCAAAAUGUGAUUUUUAAAAUUUAUUACAAACUACCUCUUUCUGAACACAAAUUUUGCACUUAAACUUCAAGGAAAAUGUUGAAAAGAUGAUGUGGUAAUGUUUACAGCACAUCUGAGAGUAACUAUGGAAUGUUUAACAAGGUAAUAUAAGCAAAAAGUAGUACAGGCCACCAUGUUGGAGGGCAAGAGAACGCCCUCCAACAUGGUGGCCAAAAGAAAUAAAAUUAUACUACUUCCGUGAAAAAUCAAAGUGCCAUAAAAUAUCUCCCUUAAAUGCAUUUCUUUUCAAAUUUCGGGUGUAAGAUAAUUUUUAUGUGCUCUGUCAAUUUUUGGCAUCAGCAAGAUUCCAACUCAUUGUUUAAAGGAAGCAUUGGUCAUGUUACCUCUUAGAGCAAGUGGCUUAUUGUAUCAUCAAAAGUGGUACAUUUGAACAUAGUAGCCAACAAUUUUCACAGGCUUUUGGUGUGAACUGAAAGCACUGAAUGCUAAAAUUAAUGCCACUUUUCUUGUGAUGGGUUUCUAAAUUCCCUAAUGUUGUCUCUAGAGAUCAAGAACUAGCAGUCUGGAGAAGAUUCUUGCCAGGCGUCGUAUUUCAAUUUACAACAGCAGGAAUAUUCCAGAUGCUGGUGACCAAAGAACUAUUCUAGAUUUCACUGUUCAGGUAAUCAUGAGAGAAUUGUGCAUCUGCUCUUAUUUGCCAGAUACUGUGACUCAUGUGCACUUAAUAAUAAGCAACGGGAACUCACUACGAAUCUAAUGAUUUUUUAUUCAACUUGUUUUUGUAGUCUCCAGAAGGAAGGACAACAUUUAUUCCACCUUAUGGUACUUCCACUAACCUUAGAGUAACAAGCAGAACAAGAACAAGAGAGGUUAUAAAGAUGCUCAUGACAAAAUUUCAGGUAAAUUGUUUACUUUAUGCUGCACUCUGUUUACUCUGUGUUAAUUUUUCUAUUAUAUUGGUUUAUUGAGGUCUUUAUUGGUAACCUAAUCUAACCUAUCCCUGAAAAGCCCCUUAAGAAGAGAAGAUAAUUAUUAUCAUUAAUUAAUUAUUGAGUGUUUGUCAGUAAUCCUAAAGCAAGCGAUACAAACUUUAGUAGAGUCACAAAGCCACCCCAGCGAGGGAUACAGUUGGGAGAGCACCAUCUUAAAUUCCUGCUUGAACGAUUGUGAAUGUAAUUUCCUGCCAAAGUUAAAGCCAGGGAGCAGUGCUUUAUUAUUUCUUUAUUGACUACAUUAUUGAUUGAUUUAUUGAUUGAUUUCUCAAUGCUUGGGUGGAAGUAACAACGUGCAUGAUAAAUUUUGAUUGACUUGUUUUUGCAAUAUUGAUAGUGAUUGGCUUUAGCUAUGAUAUCAUUUAUUCAGAUUGCCAAGCUGCAAGUGAGAAAAGUCCUUUGUAAGUGCAUGACUACAUAGGACUUUGUGAAAGUCUAUAUUUAAAGAUUUCUGUCAUGUUCAGGCUUCCUUCAUUAAAUCUUUUCUUUGAAAGACGCUAUUCAAGAAGCACGUUCUCAGAAAUAAAUCAUAAAAUAUUUUUUGUGAGGAAAAGAAAAAUCUGACUUACUGUCAGUUUUCUCCUUUUUGCAGAUAACUAAUGCACCUCAGAACUUUAAUCUCUACGCUGUGUAUGACAAUGGCUGUAAGUACUAGUUUUAUGUAUAUAACCUUUAUUCAUCAUUUACUACGUUUUCACUUUCUGCCUCUAUUUAAUUAAGAUUACUUACUCUAAAUAAUAAUUUACUUGAGUGUAACCUCUGAGCCCUAAACAAAUGAUUGAAUGAUCAAAUAGGUCGAUUAAGAAAUAGUGAUUUAGUGGAAGCACGUCCAUAAGAUUGUAUUCCAUUGUGGAUCAAAGUGGAAUUGGGCGAUUCCAGAAAAUAUCCAUACCAUACCACGGACGGCUUUUGGGAUUUCCGAAGGGGAGGGGGGGUUCACGAUUAUGGAAUUCUGAGGGCAUUGGGGGUAUUUACGAUUGGAAAUCCGAAGGCAUGGGGGAAUUCCACAGGUGGGAUUUCUGGAGUAGAAAGUGUAGAGUGAGUUCCUUGAAAACGCUAUUGUUGUGGACUUUUGUAGUUUGUAAAUAAACCACGAACAUAUGACCGCGGAAGCAGAAGACAAGCGUCGAUAGAUCAGACACGUGUUUACGCUCAUAACUUAUAGAAGUGAACAGUAAAACAUGGGUUUCACAUUAACCUUGAUGAAUUUUUUGUCACAUGAAAAAAAAAACUGAAUAUGUAUCUUACUGCUUGCAAGUUUCUUGUUACUCCCGUCCGAUGAACAGUAAAAAAACUCGCACCAGUCCCUGGUUUCCAAGGAACACCUGUCAGAUUAGAACAGUUUUCGUGCACACUACAUGACGUAUAAAAGGACACAACACCACUCGACGGGAGAGUUGACCGCCGAAAGAUUUUAACAGUCUGAAUUUGAGCUAUUUUGCUUUGUAAUCUUCAGAACAGCACAAGAAAACAAAGAGGAGUAAAAUUGCCGUUAGUGGUGUUUAUUUUUAUAGCCAAAUUCGGACCUAAAAAGGAGUUUGCACAGCCUGGCUACUAGCGCCUGGCGCCGCUAGAUCACAGCCUUGAGGAGGCAUAAAUUCAGGUUCGUUUGUUCAUAUAGGCGUUGCUAAGUCGAAAAUGUACUUCCAAAAAAACGGAAAUUCUGAAGGGGUUCACGAUUAUGGAAUUCUGAGGGCAUGGGGCGGUAACACAUUUUGGAAUUUCCGAAGGCAAGGGGGGGAUAAAACAUGGAAGCCGUCCAUGGUUGGGUAUGGAUAUUUUCUGGAAUUGCCCAUUUGGAAAAUAUGUUAUUUUUUGAGAUGAAGGGUAAACUCACAAAUUGCGUUGCCUUUGUAAUUUUUCCCUGGCCACAUAUUGCUGGGAGGCAAUUGCCCUUUCCUAUGCCCAACUCUUGCUCUUCCUAUGUUUGAAAAUAAGAUACAAGAGCAAAAGUCGAGUCUCCAGCUAUUGUCUGGAACUUGAGACAUGGAGACCAAGCACUCAAGUACUCAGACAUUCAGCUAAAAUGAUAAGAUCCACUCAUAGUAUUUACGAGUUUCUUGUUUUCUUUUUAGCAAUCAGGCAACUACAGAAUGAUGAAUUUCCAUUGCACUGCCGACUCCUGCUCGGUCCAAGUGAGGUACAGAAUUUGUGUAUUAUAACCAAUAGAAUUCUAAUAUUUCCGAGGGAAUUUCAUGAUUUACUAUAUAAAAGUGUUUUAAGAGCAAAAAAUCAAGUACAUGCUGUAAUAAAGGUAAUUCUUUCAGACCAGUUAGCCCCUCUUACUUAAAUAUUAUUACAGUCAGUGUUCAGUAUUUCAGCCUCACUUAACUAUAUUCACCUAUAAAUCCAAGUUUAUAGAGCUCUUUCACCAAGUUCUGUCAGUACACUAAUACCUUGUCCUUUUAAUGUUUGGAGUGAUAAUGUUUUUCAAAUUAAAAAUGAAUACCCUAAACCAAAUUUACAGAACCCCAUCACCCCUCACCCCUUGCAAUGUCUUUAAUUGCCUGUAGUCAUUUCCAUAGGAAGUUACUAAAAACAGGGUAGCAGUGGACAGAAAUGGUCAAGAUGUCUAGAUCAUACAUUGAUAAUAUUAUUAUUAUUAAAGUUGCUUUGAUUGACUGACUACGUGUAGCAGUUCCUUGUAACUAUGUUGGGAGAAUUGUUUGGCAGUCACACAUUUACAUUUAUUCUCAAGGCUUAAACUGACCACAGGCUAUUAGGGCCUAACAGGUUUCCUAUUUUUCUUGCAGGAAGCAGCUAAGAUAUUUGUGAUGGAGGCUGAUGAUACAAAUAAUAUUUCUCAUGAGGUAAGUUCAGUCUGCCUGGAACCUUGCCCAUUGGGCAGGUGAGCUGAAAAAAAUGUUUUAUUCGGGAUGAAGUUCAUCUUCUCUGAAAAUAAAGUAUAUGUCAAUAUUUCAUUGCUUUUACUAUUAAAUAAACAACAAGCAAAGAAGUAACCACGGGAAACCUUAACCUGUAUGGAGUACCUUGUUGUGGAUAAUCCUGAAACCAAUUUAAGUACAGAAUAUCAUUUGUAUUUGAUUUGUUGAUCCUUUUAAUAAUUAAUUGCAAGGUUGAGCGUAUAGUAGCCAAACACAGAAAAGAGAAAAAGUUACAGCAUAGAUAAUGUGGAAAUUUAAUUAUAAUGUUAGAUUGAUCAAAAUAGAGUUGUGCAAGAUCGAAACAGUCUAUUGAAGCGUUUUACAAAUUUCUCACUUUCCUGAAAUUUGAAAGUAAGCAUAAAGUGCCCAUUUUAAAAAGAGCUGUAAGCUUACAUGUAAUCUUUUAUUUAACUUAAAAAAUGUUGUUUAAUUGAUCAAAAUCAUGUAGAAUUUUAGCAUCAAACAACUCUACGCGCUUUACAAAAAUGCUGUUUCCGUGCGAGCUCGAUGCAAGUUAAUCCAUAUAUGCCAAAAAAGGCAAAGAAUAUUAAUUUCUUUGCCUUUUAUAAUACCGAGAAAGCUGGGAAGCUUGAACCAAGCACAAACUUCUGUGAUGAACGGUCUGCUAACUGCAAACCAUGUUAAAUAACUAAAUCAAAGCAAUUUCUCUGCUUUUUAAUUUUCUAACAUGUCUUACUGUUUUGGAUAAACCUGAACUAUUAAGAGUAAAAUUUUCAUAAAGGUGUUUACAGUGACGUACAAUAGACGUGUUUAUGCAGAUCAAACAGUUAAGUUAUACAAUUUAGCACAAAAAGGGUCCAUACGUUUUACUAAGCUGUUGCUUCCGUACAACUCAGUACAUGCUUGUUCACCAAACCAAAACCCCAUAGUUUUUCUUCAACUGCUGUAUAAUUUCUCAUGCUUUGCACUAAACACGAAAAGUGAAAGUUACCCACCUUUUUAGCAUGUUUUCUCCUUGCAACCAGUGACCGCAGCCAAUCCCCAUUAAAUGGAUCGAGCCACUGUGUUUAUCUGACACUUGCAGGAUGUAUUAUCCUCUAGACAACACAUAUCACUAAAAAUUUCGACCAAAAUAAUUGUCGAUUUUUCACAGAGACAACAAAGCCACAAUGUUAACUCUACUACUGACAAAAAAGCUGCCUUUUCUUCUUUCAUCUUGACAACAUUUCAAGGGAAUUUGCUUAACGAAUUUGCUUCAAAUCGACCACGUGAUAUUUCGCCAGUACACUCAUGCACUUUAAAGAGCAGAUGCCAAUUUGUAGAUAAAGAAAAACCAGGGCCAGAAUUAUACCGGUCUCUUCCUUUAAGGAAGGCCGGGUAAUUAUCAGGUCUGCAAGGACUGUGUAUUGAGUUUUUUCCUGUUUGUUUUAGGUUGCACAGUAUAUUCACUUUGCCACGCCUGUUUUACAAGCGUUUCUUGAUAAAUAUUGUGAAGAAGAGGAAAAGGAAGUGGAAAGAAUAAAACAAAUGUAAGUUACAAUACCUGUUUAUUGACUGGGUCUAAAUGUUAGAUGAGUGAGCAAACCUACAGUAUGAAAGAGAUGCGUAAGUGCAGCUUCUCACUGUGGAGAUUUAAGAUUUAUAAGUUGUUGCUUCAGGACCUGAACAUUGGUACUCCAUUAAUCUUGAAUGUCUUUUAAUAUUAUUGUAUUCAUUAUGUUUCAGUUACAUGCUGUAUCGGCAGAAAUUACAAGAGAGACUCGCAGAAAUCUCCACUGCUGUGUAAACAGACUCAGCUGACUGGCAAAACAGUACUAUUUUUAGAUAUUAAGUUAUGUUUAUAUAAAUGACUAACAGCUGUAUUAUUGGCAAUAAAAAUAAAUAUUUAUUUAUUUUAAAUAUAAAAUGAAAUUUAAAAGACCAAAUUAUUAUGCAAAGAGUAUUACUUAAAAUUUCUCAUUUGCCUUCUAUCAACUGUAUAAUAAUAAAUGCAAAGGGUCUGCAAGUCAAACAUUAGCUAUUACUGUACUCUGUAUUGAAUUGGGUUCUACCAAAAUCUCUUAACUCGUAGCACCCUGAAAAAAAAAUAUUUGCAUUUGAAUGUCUGGUUAGCUUAUCAAAAAAAAGGCAAUGGGCUCUUGGUUGAAAUGAUCAUGAACUUCUCCAAGAAUUUUACAGUGCUUGGCUUUUACCAUUUGUUGUUAAGAGGACACAAUCCCUUUCUGAAACAUGCUUGUAAGGUGGGUCUUUCUAGUGAGAUAAACAACCAAAGAAGUUUGGAGUUCAUUUCACAGUCACAAAACCUAUAUUUGAAAUUGUCUUUUGUGUGAUAUUUUAGGGUAAAGCAGUCAUUUCCAAUAAAGAUCUAAUUUGCCUCUGUACCCAUUUCAAUAUGUCUGGUUCUUUGUCUCUUGUACCACUUGUGUCACUAUGACUGUAAAGAGUCGUAGACAACUUUGAUGAGUAACUUGUUCCAGGAUAAAGAAAUCUUUCAAACCACACUCGAAUGAGCCCAAUUCAGGCAAACAGGCGGGGGGAAAAACACGUAACAGUGACCGAAAAUUCCAAUCAACAUGUUAACCCAAGAAAUGAUUCUUAAAGUUUUCACAACACUUUUCCCACCAAAGUGAGGUUUAUGGAGGUAAAAUUGAUCUUUCUUGAAAGUGCCAAAAUAAAUUUACAAAAACUCUUAAAUUGAGUAUAAUUUACAAUGAAACAUUCCACAGUAUAGAAUUUUACAGAAAAAUAAAGUUUGCUAAUUUGCUUCCUAGCUAAUUUAUUAAAUACUAUAUAAAACUUUAUGUUGAAGAAGUACCUGAUUUACAAGAAAAACACUGUAAAGGACUUUUAGCAGAAAUCACUAGGAAUUUUAGUGACCUAUAAAAAAUUUUCCAAAUGUGGUACUUUUUGCUAGAAUAAGGCCAUGAUGACUGUAGACCAAAGGCCUGUUCACAGGCUACAUUGUCAGUGGUGUUUUAAAUGGGCAUGCAGGGCAGACCAAACCUGAUAUCUAAAAACCGCCAGUUACUUUAGCGUUUGGAGGAAAAUUAUUAAAAAGGUACUCUCAUUAUGAAACGGAACUCUUGAACUCCUAAAACACAUGUGGACAGACCUUAAAAUUUCAAAAGACAAGCAUGUUCUUAACCAUACCGUUACUAAAGCCUAAGGUUCCCCAUCCUUACGUGAUAGCUUGUCAGCUAGGUUUUUCAAAAAUAACCGACCUUCAGCUCCCAUUCUGACGUUCUUGAAAGUUACAGCUUUUCACAGCACUUUCAAAAUUUAAUAUAGAUAUUCCAAACUCUGGUACACUUGAAACUUCCCUGUUCUCUGAACGUCAAACAAUGAAAGCCAGGCAGCUAAAAGUUCUUCUGAAAGCUUUUAUGUUCAUUUCAACCUUAAACGUUUGUUGUCGCCUUUCUAAGAGUGAGGAAAAGUAACAUGACCAAACUGGGCACUUGAAAUUAUCAUGUGAGCUAAACAAACAUUCACAUGCAAGUGAUCGUUGUUUUUCGGGAUGCUAACAGUUUAGUAGCCUAUGUGCAGUUAAGUGAUUUCAGUAGUGUUAUGUUGGGUUGUUUGCCUUCCUUUUAACUUGUAUCUUUUGUGGUUUAUUAUUGCAUUUCUCCUCUGUGAACUAAAACCUUGGUUCAUUUGUAAAAAAGAAAAAUAUAAAUCUUCUUUUGGCUUUCCGGUAGAAAAACUAUAAAUAAGUCGUUAGAAUCAUUGCGGCAAGCAUAAAGAGUUUUUCUUUCUGCCAAUUCACAGGAAUAGUCAGAUUCUCAUGUUUUGAAGUCCCUUUUGAAAAUGCGUAAACACAGUGUUGACUGGGGGUGGGAAUUAUUUCGUUUGAUUGAGAGGUUGAAAAAAUUUACCGAUAAAAAUAAUUGGGAUUGCUGGCCCCCAUGAAAAAAUUUGUUCUUUUAAUUUGUAAUUAUUGACAUAAUUUUUCUAUUUAACUUUGACAUUUAUUGCUUCAACUAUAAAUAUUGGCACCACCUAGUGAAACGUUUAAAAUAGACAUUUUAUUUAUUAGGUUCAGUUCAGUAACAGGAAUUUUAAAGGGAAGGUUAUGUUUAAGUCAAAAGAUCUGCUUUUCUUACUCUUUAACUUUUGAGACACCAUCCACACUUCUCCAAACUUUGGUAUUUCAUAAAAUAUUAUGUACUUAUUGAUUGAGGUAGGUUCAGGGGGGCGGGAAAAUAAUUGGCCCUCGGUCAUGGUUGCACUGACCUCUCUGUGCUCGUUCCAUGUGCCAUGACCUUGGCCCAAAUAUUUUCCUGUCCAGCGGGUUGUACAGUCUCACGGGCUCACAAAACCUCCCGUGGGUCGAUCUUACUUUGUAUUUGCCGUCCAGCCCUACCACUCAGUCAGUAAGUACAUGACAUUAUAAAAGGGUAGUUUUCAAGGCAGCUUGACUGUACACUGAUAUUAUAAUCAUCACAAGUUCAAGUUAUAUUCUGGUUGCUGUUUUUUUUGGAAACUAUAUGUAAUUUUCAACCAGUUUUACUUUGAGUGCAAAAGGUUUCUGGUGCAAUUUUGUUUUCAUUCAAAAGCAAAACUGGGUGAAAAUUACGGCUACAGUAAUUUAUGGUUAUCGUUAAAACCCUGAACAAGCCUGAGAUCGUGCUCUUGCCCAAAAAAGUGCCUGAUCACAGGUAAAAACAAGGUGAGGAUAAAUCCUCUCUUGGACCUGUUGUAUGUAUAUACUAGAUAAUAAAGUUUAUAUUUGAGAACUUUUACGUCACGUUUCUGUAAAGAGUUAAGCCAGUUUUAUAAAGAGUGCCUCGUUUGUUUCUUUUUCUUUUUAUAUGCCAGCAAGAGCUAUUAUGGCUCUUGUUACGAGUCGCCGAGUCAAUAAGCCACUUUUUGAUUUAUUAAAAUUCAGCUUGCUAGUGAGUCUCAGAGGACACAAACAAAAAAAUGAAUAAACUUAAAUAAUCAUGGUUUAUUCAUUUUCUUCGUUUGUGUCCUCGAAGACUCGCUAUCACGCUGAAUAUAUCGAAAGUUGCCUAUUCGAAACUAGAAUCUCUAACCCCAUCCCCGCCCCCACCCCCUGGAGACAAACGUCCCGGAGAUUUUUAAUUUGUCUCCUCCCCUAAGGCAAGUUGUUUUCGAAUUAGGUACCUUUUAAAAGUCGCAAUAAUUCGCACUUUAAAAAGUGCCGAUAACACCAUGCUAUUUAGCUUAGAUUGCUGUCACUUCACAAAAGUGUCCCUGAGAAAAGGCGAGAUGAGAAAUGGGAGGGUCGUACAUACAGGCUUGGUGGCGCGGAGGUAGGUAGCCGGUAUACAGGAGUGCAGGUUAACGUCGUAAGAGUGUGUAGGCAGACUCGUUUGAGAGGCUUGCCUAAAACCCGAGUUCAAGUAAAAUAAGUUUAAGUUCCCCACGUUCCCUCUAUAAUAGGCAGGUAAAGUUAGGAAAAAUGACAGCAAUAUGCUGAAGUUCAAAUUAUCCUUUAAUCUUGGGUUGUCUCAGAUAUUGGUGAGGUUAUAUUCUCUUACUGCCUCUGAUAACACGUUUUAAAAACUAACUUACAUAGUACGUGCGUUCUGAUUGGUUAAAAGCGUAUGGUUUAUUGUGCCGGUAAACUCACAAAAAACUUAAAGUUAUUUUAUAAAAGCAUCAGACCACACUUUCUGUGGGAGUUCUUUGACGGAACAUUUACACAGUAAUGAUGUCACAAGUGGUACUCAGGACAGUAACAAAAGGCUUCCAAAAGGUUAAAGAGACUAAAUCUUAAUCAUCAGGCAAAGCCAACACGAUGACAAAACGCAAAUGGUAUAGUGCUUAAACGUUUCAUUUUUUGCGGUGAUUCAUACAUACCUGGUUUUUUGAAAACCGGGCUACUAAAAAAUGUCAGUCUCUCGCACUGAUUGUCAAUGUGAUGGCCCUUGUUACUUGAAAAGUAAAAUCUCACCUCAAAAAGAAAUUAUUGAAUACAUGAGCCUCCAUUUGAUAGAAUCGUCUAUCUUGAAGGUAACAAAAGUGACGUUUUCCUCAUUAAUCUGGAAAAUAAGGCAUUUUAAGAAGCAAUUUUUAGUGUCGGUGUCACCGAUUGCAAAGCCAAUUCCCCAGUUCACCCCAUUUUUAAUUGACGCUGGUCUCCCAAAAACAAUCUAAGCCAGCACUGCUCAACAAAACCAAGUCCUAAAACCAGCAGUUCAACUGCUUGCUGACUAGGAACAUUCUGAACAGAGUGGGUCAUUGCUUGCAUGCAAAGAGCACAAACAACCUGCAUAAGAGUGCAAAAACACAUCAAACUUUACAACAACCCCACUCCCCUGCAAUUUAACCAGGCUACCCCAAAUGCAUACCAGACGAUAGCCCUGUGUUUGUGCAAUAACAUGGCACCCGGCCAGACACAACCCCCCCUUAAUUUGAGGGAGACAUUGAGCUUUGAAAGACAGAGGUAGCCCCGGUACAAAAACUCAGCGAAUCCGCACUCUAGCACAAAGCAUAGUCUUUAUAACAACCCCACCCCCCUGGAAUUUAACCAGGCUACCCCAAAUGCAUACCAGAUGAUAGCCCUGUGUCUGUGCAACAACAUGACACUUAGUUUGACGGAAGCCCCCCUCAAAAAAUAUUAGCUGGGCCAACGGGGGCAACAGCCCGUCCCUACGGGACGGGCUGUUGCCCCCCUCGUGCAAAUUUUCUGGAAUUUGCACUGAUUUCUGUCAAUUCCAGGAAGUUAUUUGGAGCCCAUGGUUAAGAGGUGAGGGUGGUUAGUCCUGAAGAGCGAGAUUGUUAUUUUUACACUAAAAGUAUCAGGGCUUUAAGCGAAUUAAGUUUUGAAAGAUUGCCUGCAAUGUGCUGGACUUGACUUAUGAUUUCAGGCAACCCGGUUUUCAAAACUCCAGGUAGAUACGUAUUCUCAAUUUUCUCGCUUUCUUUGCCUGGCAUACUAAUGUACACGGGAGGCGUGUCGGUAAGCUCAAGACUAUUAUUCGUGUCCCCUUACAUGACGUAUCUAGUUUAGAACAUGAUGGCGGCCAGAGUUUGAGGUAAGAAACGACUGUACAUGUAGCCCGUGGUUUGAUUUGGCGUGGACAGUAAAUUUGAGGAAAUCGAUAAACGUAUAUUGCGGUUGAACUAAGCUUAUUAUACAGUGUUAUUUAACGCCACGUGAAAUUCCUUGGCCGCGUGUAACCUGAAAUUCAGUCGUCUUCACGAGUCGUAAAUUAACAAUUAGUUCAUGCGUCAGCGUGCGUAUGUCGAGAUAUUGAGCACGCGGGAAGUUUGGAGAGCACGAAAGAGGCGUAAGAGUUGCACGAGGCGCAGCCGAGUGCAACUCUAGCCUCUUGAGUGCUCUCCAAACUUCCCAAGUGCUCAAUAUCUCGACAUACGCACAGCUGCAGCAUGAACUAAUUGUUUUAUAACAUUGUCAAAGCGAUCAAUGCACCAGUUAACUUAAAAUUUUAUUAUUGUAGGGCGCGCUCAAAGCAGUACGCGUCAAUGUUUACGUGAGUAUAUUUUUUUCCUCACAGUUAAGCUUAUGUUUUUAUCCUGAAACUGAGAGAAAGUGAACUCUAAAAUGAUUGUAAAAUCUAUAUUUAGGUGCCGGAAGACUAUUAAUUCACCGAAAAAUUGUUAUUGAGAGAAAACAACUUUGCAAAGAAUGAUCUCACGCCAUAGUCUGCACAGCUCGCGGAGAUGACAACAACAACAACAACAGCACUCACCUCUUUUCCUUACUAUCGGUUAACAAAUUCAAACGUUUCCUCUUAAAUUUCCUUAUAAAACACAUGGUAAACUUUUUAUCGUGUACUGCCGAGUUAUGGAUGCACUCAUGAGACUCAGGAUUGCUAAGCUCACAACAACUCGAGGAAUUACGAAUAGUUUAUUGACGUCAUCAGCGUGCUCAAUAGGAAUAUGAAGCACGCUCGCGCUAUUGAAUUUGAUUAGGCGAAUUUUCUAGCUAUGUUAUAACUUCCGAUCGCAAGAGACUCAGACGAGGUGUCUCGUGGAAACGAAAAUUAGUGAGUUCGCCCCUUAGUGACAGUGCAGUAAAUUAGCUUCUUUAAAACCAUUUCGCCCCCUACUUUGUUAGUUAGCCCUCUUCUUUUCUAUUAGUAUCAUAAAUAGCUCUUCAAUGAAUGUCGUGAUUCUGUAUGAAUCGAUCAUCUCGUCCAGGGGGAAACCACGCGCACGCUGAACGGAAACCACAAGUGGCUUGCUUCAGAGGUUUCUCCCUGGGCUCCCGGGGCGUUUAAAACAAACCAACUAAGCGACUGACAACCAACGCAAACGAUAUCGUAAAACGCUAAAAGUCACGCAAGAGAGAAACCGAAGGGCCUUGAGGGCCUCACUUUGCUUCAAAUUUAAGUGGCUAACACAGUUUGGGAAGUUUGUGACAGAGUAUAUGUCAUUUGCCAAAGGCUGCAGCUCACAAGCUUACACUUGGCAAGUGAAAAUAUACUGAUGAAAGAUUUUGAUUGACAGGUAAAAUUUGACAUUUUCGUAGUUUCCAUGGCAACAUGAACGAUUGAAUACAACUCAGGGCCGAGUUGCUCAAAGCUGGGUUAAGAUAACCCAGGGUUAGUGCGAGAUUUGAAUUCUCACACAGCUAGCCUGCGUGCAGACGAUAACUAAACUCUGAUUAGUACCGUCUGCGAAGCAGCGCAGAGAUCCUUGUUCUGGACCCCCAACGGACUCAACGAAUUACCGGAAGUGCGUUUCGAAUUCCCCUUCAACCUGAUUGGCGAUCACGACAAACAAAACAAAGGCCUUUUUUUAACUGGCCAAUCUUGGCGCGUACUCAAAUCUGGGUACACAGCUGGAAGUCCAGAACAAGGAUUUCGGUGCUGUUUUGCAGACGGAGUUAACCAGAGUUUAAUUUUGUCUGCGCGCAGGCUAGCGCACAGCUUACUAUAUUAAUCAUUACCACUUGAAACUUAUUUGACCAAAUUUUAACGGAUGGGUUUUUAGAUGGUCAAUAAUAUAAUUGUAAUUAUUAAAUGUGUCACAAAAUCCUUCGAUUCAACUUCCAUUUUAAAGUCCUCAUUAUUUAAAAUGCAAUAAAAGCAAAAGUUCUGCCUAAUAUUACAAAAUUUUAAUGAGUAGAGUUUGAGAAAUCAUCUUCUGUGUACCAUUGGUUUUUGCCACCAUGUUUGUUUGUCUAAGUUACAUGCGUGGUCACGCGAGUUUCCGCUGACCGCCCGCAAAACUGUGUUCAGCCACCUUGAGGGGAGGUUGAGGAAUGGGACCUCUUUAACAGUUUCCUGAUACAUGGAAAUGGACAGAUCCAAGUGUGAGUAGGGAGUUGGUUACCUUUGCGAACAAAUUCGUCCAGUAUACUGGUAACUGUCUACAAUCAAACGUGUCUGUGAGCUAAAUUGAACUGAUGCAAAUUAUAUUUUGAUGACAGUAAUGGAUCAAAGUUACAGCAGGGUCGGCCAGGGGUGGGGGGAGAGGUAGUGGAAUACCAAUUCGCAAAAUACCCGAAAUAAACCUUCCAAUACAGUGUUCUCCCCAGGAUCUUGUGAAGGCUAGGGGGCAUUCUGACAAAAUCCUAAUCUAGCAUAAUACAAAAAAAAAGACAUAAAAUUUGCAAGAGUGAAGUGUCAUGCUGUCUAGCAAGUAACUGUUAACCUCCUACAUUUUUAAGCCCCCCCAGAUGUUUGCUGCUUUCUCAAAGUCGAAUUCCUCCAGAUUUGGUCCUUCAAUAGAAACAAUUAAGAGGUUAUUCGAAAUCCUGUUGCUUAUUCUAUUCCGCGGUCAUUUUUUGACAACCUUCUACACACGUGGGAGUUGAGUUUAGUAUUCCAUGUAAUAUCCCUUGAAGUGUCCUUGAAUUUAUGGCUAACCGUGCCGUUCAACGGAUACCGCAACAGGUUUCAUGGAGGGGUAAAUGAGCUAAAACCUUAUCAACUGCGAGAAAAAGCAAUGAAAAAACUCUAAGCAAUGUUUCAGUAUCUUUGUUGAGUGUUUUUUGCUUUACUUAUGGACAAGAUCCCAGUUCCAGAUGUUUAACUACAUAAGGUUUCUUCAGUUUUAAGCCAGGCGGCAUCGAUUUUUCAAUGAAUCAAGCCAGGCGGCCCGCCUGGCCUGAAAUACCUGGGGAGAACAAUGCAAUAUACCAAAAAUUAUACUAAAACUCGUGUAAAAUACCAAAUAUAUUAAGAAAAACACAGUAUACUUUAUACCCAGAAUUGGUUGUGAGGGAAUAGUUUAUACCCAAUUUUAAGCAUAUGGGUUCACCGAAGGAAAAAGUAGCAACUAGAGAGGCCUUUUUAGGGGUUUGGGGAGGGGGGGUACCAAGAGGGGUACAUAUGUCGCUAUUCCAUUUGCAAUUCGCCGUUGUAGUUUCAACCUAUCUUUAUCUUGUUUGUCACCAUUUCAUCUCUCAUAUGUUGCUGUUUCAAGCCCAUAUCACUUUUCAGAAUUCUGCUUUAAACAGGGCCUCGCUAGGCACAACAUUUUUUCUUCUUCAGUUAAUGCCAUCAUAUUUAUAUUGUCAGUUCAAAGUUUUAGCCAUUAAGAAUUUCCUUUUGCAUCAAUCAGAACCACAAUAAGUGGAAAAGUUAAGAUUAGUUAAGCAUAUUUUAUAACACUGCAUAUAUUUUUCGUUCCUAUAAAGGUUUUUCAAACAAGAGACUGUCUUGGAGGAAAAUGGACUUUUCAGAUGGAGACUGUACUGGUGAACCAAGUGAGGGAACAGAUAUGGAGGAAAUAAUUAGUACUGUAAAGACACUGCUUAUUCAUUCCAUAGUACUUAAUAAUUCUGAAGGCUUCAACAUGGCACUUGAUGGUUUGGAACAACUCCGUGUUGGCCUUAAUUGGAGUUCUCCUCCAGAAUCUACAACACCUGUCUGCAAUGAUUGGAAUACUCCACUAACCCUGAGUGCAAAAUUGGGCCGUGCAGGUAUGGUAGCCACCUUACUGGAAAAGGGUGCUAAUCCCAACUUAUUUUCCAAGUAUAAAAAUGGAAAACCAAUUGGACGGACAGCUCUUCAUAAGGCAUCAAAAUCAGGACAUCUGCAAAUUGUUGAUUGUCUUCUAAAACACGGCUGUGACAUUAACAUAGCUGAUACUAGAGGCUGGAUGCCAAUACAUGAUGCAAUUUGUCGAGAUAAGAUUGAGUGUGCUUUUAAACUGCUCGAAAAUGGAGCAAACCCGAGAACAAGCUUUUCCAUACCUACACCAGAUACUGAAAAUGUGGAUGACAUUGGAACAGCAUCACUCAUGUUUUCUACCAGAACUUAUAACUCGGAUUUAUUUAUGCUUCCGUCAGUUGAGUUGAAUUGCCUUUCCCUUUCCGCUAAUUGCCAUCAGCCACAAAUAGUGUCUAAACUACUUCAAAGAUAUUUCCUCAAUGACGUAAACUGUCAGAGUCCUCUGGGCAGAACUGCACUACACGAAGCCGUGAUUCUUCCGAAAAGUUUAAAUCUUAACGAAGAGAUCAACGUCCAAAACAGGUAUGAAACUUUAAAGAUCUUAUUGGAUUCCGGUGUUGAUCCUAAUAUUCCAGAUCGCAUGAGAAAAACAGCCCUUCACGUUUUCUUUGACCAAGCAAACCGCUACAAAGUCAUUGUGAAGAAGUACCCUCAAAUUGUCUCCAAGACAAUUCUCCUAUUGCGAGAUUAUGGCGCUAAUAUAAACAUGGCUGACCUCAGUGGAAGAACAGCAGCUCAUCAAGCUGCUGCCUUUGGUGAUCUGGAGACAAUGCAGCUUCUUUUGGAACUUGGUGCCAGUGUCACAAGUCUGGAUAAUGAUAGUAAAACACCAGCCCAUAUCGCGGCUUAUCAUCGUAACUUUGAUGUGCUGCAGCUAUUGUUAAAUCGUGCUUCCCAUGCAGAGUUUGUAAAUCGUCACGGCGACACUGUGUUACAUACUGUAAUAAUGGCAACUACCCAUGAAGAUGUUCUUUUAACAGUCGCUGAAGCAUUUAAGAGUGAUUUUGAUAAGUUUCAGAAAAACGUUUACGGAGAAACAGUACAUGAUCUUGCAGCAAAGUUUAAUUUAAAGAGACUUUCUUGCCUAUUCGCUUCCCAAUCCGCAAAGGCUACCGAUGCUAAUUCUACUUCUGUUUCCAGUACAAUGGAGAAGGAAGAAACCGGGAACAACUGUGUUAGGGACAGCACCAACCCAAGAGAAAUUCUUGGCGUGGUUCAUGAAAGCGGCAGAAAUAGUAUAUCUGGUGCAUCGAGUCACAGUGAUUCUGUUGGUCACUCUGACAACAUUGAGGUUCCAGAUUUGUGUAUUGAGGAAGACACGGAUGUAAACGAGUACUUAUUGAAAUUAAGUCACGAGUACCGUAUUAGAACUUUUCACAUGGACGGCGAUGGAAAGUGCCACGAAAGAUGCAAUGUUGCUCUACAAAGUUUGACCUUUGUCGAAAAACUUUUAGAACUUGUUGCGGACGAUGAUCAUAUUUUCGACUAUCAAAUUUUACGAACUGGAAGCGCCUUUGAAGGCUACAGGAUAGGCAAGCCAGAUGAAUUUGACUAUAUGUGUGAAUUGAAGUCGCUGGCAGAUGAUAAAUGUGAAAUUGUCGAAACCGAACAACCAGGAUUUGUUCGCAUUCAAGUAAAAGAAGAGUACAGAGAAGAAUGGACCAUGUUUCUGUCAAAAGAGGGAUUUCUUGACGCUAUGAAAGUGAAAUGUUUCUUGGCUAAACGUUUGUACGAAAAGUCUAGCACGCCUGCCCUAGUACACAAAACCAGACUGAGUUUCAACACGACAAGUUAUGAUUCAUGUGGCCUGUGCCAUCCCUUUAUAAGUACAAGCAAGGCCGGAGUAAAGAUGACUUUGUUUUGGAGAGGAAAUGUUUACAAAUUAAUGCCCAUUGACAUUGACAUUACUCCCGCCAUACACUUUUCCAGUUGGCCUAAGUCCGCCAAAAUACCUCCUUGUCAUGUUCUGAAAGGUUGUGCAGAUUUAGGCCACCACGUUGUUCCUAAGUCUGAAGGAGGAGAUUCUCUUUUGUGGAGGUUUUCUUUUUCUGUGGCUGAACUCAAGAUAUUACAGAAUACAAGUCCAGUGCAGGCUGCUUGUUACACAGCUCUAAAAAUCAUUAAGGGGCAAACUGAAUUAAGAAGAAGCUCGAAGCGUUUUUCACAUCUUGGGUUUCUCCAUACUUACGUCCUCAAGACAAGAUUCUUUGAAGAACUUGAACGUUCAGAUGAUUCGAAGUUGUGGCAAGAAGACAAAUUGACAGAACGCGUUUGUUCCGUGUUGGAAUCCACCGCAAGUCUGUUAACCCAGAGAGAAUCUUCCCUUAUAGAGUCUUACUUUCUUCCAGGUCAUAGGGUCAUUUCAAACGCAGACACAAUGUUUGGCAAGUUCGUAGCGGCAUCAAUAAAAACUACUCUUCGAAAUGUCGUACGACUUUUACAAAAAGUACCUAUCUUGUCAUUAGAAGACGUCGAGGAAGGAGCUUUCACUAUGAAAUUUGAAUCAGAUUCCACUUAG